AUGGACGUUCGGACCGAUUCGGCGGACAGCCGGGCGGAAAUUCUCUCCCCAGAGUUGCAGCACUUGUCGGGCAGUGGAGGGGCGGGUGACGGGUGGCGGCUCAACGUGGGCGACUUCCAAGUGCCAGACAGGCCCAAGAACCCUCCUUUAGCCGCCCGGGUCUUCCUCAAGGCCUCCAGUGAGUCUCCUGGAUUCUUCCUCUACUGCAGCGUGUACACAAAUCACGUCUUGUUUGCAUCAUGAUAGAAUGCCACAAGCCAACUCUUGAGAAUUUGCCCUUGUCUUGUCCUCCCCUCAGUGAACCCUCCUCGCUAACGGUUCUGUUCGCUGUUGCAUUUCUCCUCGACUAGAAAUACCCAAUAAGGAAGGUCUACGGGAGGAAAUGGACAACCUGUGUCGUCUACCUUCGUCCUUCUGUCUCUCUGUCUCUCUUUUUCUAUCUUUCCUCGGCAAUUUACCCGCUAUGACACAGCCUCUCUCUAAGGUGACAGUUAUUUCAGAUUUACUGAGUUUGAGUCGUCACACUAUCAUCUACAGUGCAGUCUCAGUCGGUUGGGGAGUUCCUCUGAUGAAGUAUCGCACAGUGGCUACGCUAUUGUAUUUCGUUACCACACUCCAUUUUGCGCCAUUAAUCUUCAUUCAAAUGUUUGCUUCAUGUCAAAUUUAUGAUUUUAUGGAGAUCAAUAAUGAUAGGUAAAACACGAUUUUAUAAAUUUAUUUUUUAACAAGUCAGACAUCAAUACAUAUCAAGAUCAUCCACACGUUGGUCAAGACAAUUUUAAAAAUUAUGCAAAAUUUGGUUAUAAUUUCCCACUCGAAACGUAGAAAUACUUAAUUUCGUUACCUCAAUGAGAUUACAUCCAUGAAUUUCCUGAACAUCUAAACUUUGAUCGUUCUCCCUUUGUUACAAGGCAAACACAGGAAAAUUUCAAAAUUCUACAAGAAGCAAGAAGAUAUUGUGAAGGGAUUCAGAGAAAUGGAUUCUGUAAAUCAAACAGGCUGUAUGCCGGAUGCCCCCACUGAGGUACCUAAUUUUCAUUUUCGUAUGAAAUUAAAUUAUUAACUUUUGACUGACCAGUCCAUUCAUAUCUCUGAACACUAGACCAUACAUAUGUAUGUAUACAAAAACAUACUCGUGUAUGUGUAUUUGCAUAUUCAAAAUUACCUCUUUGAAUGGACAACUCUCAUACAUACAUACAUACAUACAUACAUAUCAUAUUACAUUUAUAGAAAAAUAGAUAGAGAUAGGGAGGGAGGAAGAGAGAGAGAGAGAGAGAGGGAGAGAGAGAGAGAGGGAGAGAGAGAGAGAGUCAACAAUGUCAUCAAUUAAUACCAUAUUUUAGUUCACCUACACAUAUAUAGGAUUUCACGCUGUUUUUUCAAUUUCUGCUAUACUAGUAAUCCCUUACGUGCCAUGAUUGAAAGUUCAGGUUGAAUAUGUCAUUUCUCCCAAUGAUGGAUUUCAGGAUGAUCUAAAGCAAUUGGCAAAGAGCGAAAGAUUGGCGAUUCUCAUAUCUAACGUGUCAAAUUUGGUUCUUUUUGCUGCCAAAGUAUACGCAUCGAUUGAAAGCAAAUCCCUAGCUGUUAUAGCUUCGACGCUUGACUCUCUUCUGGAUCUUCUCUCCGGGUUCAUCCUAUGGUUUACUUCCCACGCUAUGAGGAACCCUAACCAGUAUAACUAUCCAAUCGGCAAGAACAGAAUGCAACCAGUGGUAACUUUCUCCCUCUAUUGUUGUUAGACCAUCGAAUUAUUUUUCUUAUAAAUUUGUAUAAUGUCAUUUACUUCUGAGGCUUGGGUACGUAGUGUGCUUAAAAGAACCUAUUCUUAUUAACAAAAACAUUACAAAAUGCAUAUGUCAGAACGAUGCUUUUUUAAAAAAAUGUUCACAUGUAUAUUUAACUGCUCUAAAUAUUUGCAUUGUUCCUUAUAGGGUAUUAUCGUAUUUUCGUCAGUGAUGGCAACCCUUGGUUUCCAAAUACUGUUAGAGUCUGGACGACAACUUGUUACACAGGUUUGCAGUCACUUUAAGGUUUUCUUUAGCAUGUACUUGAGUGCAAGAGAGCGAGAGAGAGAGAGAGAGAGAGAGAGAGAGAGAGAGAGAGAGAGAGAGAGAGAGAGAGAGAGAGAGAGAGAGAGAGAGAGAGAGAGAGAGAUCUAAGUUUUGUCACUAAAAGUAUGAAUUUGUAAAUUAUUUUCAAACUCUCAAUUAUAAAAUAUGCCAUCUUUUUGUUCAAUUAGUGCCACGGAGGCUGAAUAUUAUGUUUUCAUUUAUUUUCGAAGUAGCUCAUCUCAAGUAAUUAAGGCCAUGUUUUCGGUGAAUUAUAAGAACCCUAUGAUGUCACAUUUUCUUAUCUAAAAAAUAUCUCUGAUGCUACUUCACUGCUCGCAUAUUCUUUUCAAUAUGUAGCUACAUAGAUGUAGGGAAUUAAAGUACAUACCUUUUAAAGAGCAAAUUCAAGCAAAAUUCCAAUAACCAUUGCGACGGCAGUCUCAUUCCCUCUUAGACGCCGCCAAAGAGAAGUGGAUGAUCGGGAUUAUGGUCUCGGCGACGGUCGUAAAGUUCGUGUUGAUGGUCUACUGCCGAAGCUUCGAGAACCAGAUCGUUAGGGCUUACGCACAGGACCACUUCUUUGACGUCAUCACCAACUCCGUCGGACUCGUCACCGCCGUCCUUGCCGUAAGAUACUACUGGUGGAUGGACCCAGUGGGCGCAAUCAUGGUUAGUCCACCUCUCUGUGCUAUUUACCUCCCCUUUGAGAAUGAUAAUUUUCUAAAUCUCACGAUGGUUAAAAUGCACGGUUGAUUUUUCGUCUUAGGGCCUAAGUUGUGGCAUGGUUUUUUAUCAUAGUAGAUAUUACGCAACUCUGUCUAUAUAAGUAUAAUUAUGUGACUGAUUUCCUCAUAUUCUUUUCCUUCUAUGUAACAAAAAGUAUUAAUAUUAAUGCCACAUAAUCAUAAGAAAAUGAUAAAGUGAGUCACUCAGAAUUAGGAGAGUUUUUAUAAACUGAAGUAACUUGGCUUCUAAAAUCAAAAACAUGUAAGAUGGAUAUUAGUUUAUUAGAAAAUAAUAUGUAUAAUUGUGAAAGUAGAGCCACAUAAAUGUUUGUGCAACUUUACUAUAUGGUUAUAGAUAUGUGAUCUAUGUUCUUGUUCACUAAUUCUAUUCAUGCUAUAAAUCUUGAUUUUAAACACUAAUAAAGUUUGUGUGAAUUUAUUCCCAAGGUUACAAACAAUAUUUUCUCAUUAAAUCAGGGUAUUCAUUUUAAAUAUUUUCUUUAACAUGGCCAACUUCCGUUCUUUUUUUUUUUUACCAUACUUUAAAUUUUAUUUGACUUUAUGUAUAUCAUUUCACACAUGAUGCUACUUUUCUUUAAAUUAUCUGACAUUCAUGUCAGAAUUUUUGAUUUAAGAUAUCUAGUUCUAAGAUUUAAGAAAGUACAUGUGAUCUAAUAUGUCUUCUGGUUUCAAAAUAAUCAUAAAAAUAAAAAUAAAUUGGCAUAUGCCUUGCAUGAGAAUAUAGUAUCAAAGUCUGGAUAGAACAAGGAUAAUUACUUGACUGCAUUAAUAAGCAUCCAUCUUUAUGUGACUUUGAUUAGAGGCAAGUCUACAAAAAUUAAUGUAAUGAUGGAUUGGGGACUUGUUUGUUUGGCCCAUUUAUAAUUAUUAAAAGUAUAUACCAGAAAUGUUUAAAUAAUCUGAUUUAUCUAUUUAUUCGACAGAUUGCCCUAUACACUAUAAAUACAUGGGCGAAAACAGUGAUGGAGAACGUGUGGUCAUUGGUGGGGAGGAGUGCACCACCGGAGUUCUUGACCAUGCUGACCUACCUAAUAUGGAAUCACCACAUGGAGAUACGCCACAUUGACACAGUUCGAGCUUACACCUUUGGGUCCCACUACUUCGUUGAGGUAGACAUUGUCUUGCCGGGUACCAUGCCACUUAGCCAAGCACAUGACAUUGGUGAGACCCUCCAAGAGAAGCUUGAGCUACUGCAACAAGUUGAACGUGCAUUUGUUCAUGUGGACUUUGAAUUUACCCAUCGCCCUGAGCACAAACCUAGGUCUUGA